AAGUUUUAUUGUGAGCAAAUAAAUACAUGGAGAUGCAUGCAGUCACGGAGGACCUAACAAACAGGCGGAGGUAUCAUCGUCCGAUCAUUCAUCAUCAGGCGGCGGCGGCGGCGGUGGCGGCUUAGGACCUGCAGAGAUGCCACCGAAAAAAGCAACACUGUGGACGGAGGACUUGUCGUUCGAGCCCCGCGUUAGGCUGCACCACAACUUCCUUUCCAAGAAUGAAUGUGACCAUCUGAUUUCGCUGGCAAAGCCUCAUCUGAGGAGGUCGAAAGUAGUUGAUCCCCUGACCGGAGGGGGCAAGGAUAGCAGUAGCCGAACAAGUUCGGGAAUGUUUCUUAAAAGAGGGCAGGACACAAUUGUUCGUACAAUUGAACAAAGGAUAGCAGAUUACACCUCGGUACCUAUAGAGAAUGGAGAGCCCCUUCAAGUUCUCCACUAUGCAGUUGGGCAGAAGUUCGAGCCUCACUUCGACUACACCGACGGUACUUCCGUCACCAAAAUAGGAGGCCCUCGUAAGGCGACUUUUCUCAUGUAUCUCUCGGAUGUCGAAGAGGGUGGUGAGACUGUAUUCCCUAACGCGACAGCGAAAGGCAGCGCACCGUCAGCAAAGAGUGGUAUAUCUGUUAAACCCAAAAUGGGAGAUGCAUUACUUUUCUGGAGCAUGAAGCCUGAUGGAUCUCUUGAUCCCAAAAGCCUGCAUGGUGCAAGUCCAGUGAUUAAAGGCGACAAAUGGUCAGCGACAAAGUGGAUUCACGUUAAUAAGUACAAUUAGAUACGACUACGAGCGAGAGAAUCUGACAUAUAUAGUGACAUGCAAUACUCUUUCAUAUGCUAUACAUUAUUACUCCUACAUGUAUUUUUUUUUUAGACUAAGGACUUUGAUCUCGUUUAUAAUGAAAGCAGUAAACCUUCCCCAUGUAUUCGUAUAUCUCUGGUC